CAGCUCGAUCGAAUGCAGGCGCGCAUAGAGUCGCUGCGGCCGCCGCGACAUGCCUGUGCGAAGAUGGGUUUACACGUGGAGCCGGUGGGCUGAGGUCGCCCGUUGUAUACUCUGUCGGGAGCUCGGGGACGACGACGCAGGUGACGUCGCCGUCGUGAAUGGGGCGUGGGCUCGCUAUGUUUCGAUAAACAACCCUUCCAAGUGGUUGCGACGGGAGGAGUCCGUUGAGCCAUCCGCAGGAGCCCGACGGUUCACAGACGUCUGGGUUCUCCGACGAUGCAGUUUACUCGCGCGACAUGUGCCGCAGCGAACGGCAUCAAGUCGACCCGUCGUCAGCGCGUCCAGACCGUUCUCGGCGCGAUCGCAGUAGUCGUCGUCAUCGCUGCGGCAGGAUUGCUCCUUGUGGUCACGUCCGGCGCACUGAAUUACCUGCCGUCGAAAGACAGAGCAUUGUAUAUCGAACUCAGCCUUCAAAGUGCCAACUUGGUCUUAACCGUCGCUGCCGUGGUGUCGCAUGUGCCGCGCCUCCGCACGCUCUUGCAUGUAUCUCGGUACAUGGCCUCCGCUGCGGCGUCCCCACGGAUACAAGAGCAGCGAGCAGACGCGAUUCGAGCUGCGUUUCCAGCACUGGCAAUUGAAUUCCAGGACCAAGCGAAUCCGACCGGCGUCAACAUCCCCCUGCGCAAGAUCUGGCUUGUUCUGCUCGUUUUGAACGCCCAGUGCAUGCUGCAGUACCCCACGACGUUUGUGUUGUGGUUCCUGUCGAGCCAAAAUCGUCCGUACGCGGUGGUGGCUGUCUGCGUCGCGCUCUCGUCUGUCUGUAGCGUCGCCGCGUUUGUGUGGGAGUCCAGGCUCAUUCGCCAUUGCACACAAUUCCGCGCCCAGCGUGCUGAAAGCGCAUUUGAAAAGUACCUCGUCGAAGACACCGAAGUGUAGCGACCUUGCCUUGAACAUUGCCGUGAUAUGCUUGUG